UCCUUUGCGCAUCACGCCUCACUCCGAAAAGGCAAAGGGCAAAGGGCAAAGGCAAAUGCGCUUUUGCACUGCCGCUUGCUAGCUCGUGUCCUCCAGAGUUGAAUUGAAAUCCCUUUCUCUGAAUCUUGGAUGUGGGUCUACGGGCGAGGUGAUUGGUCCGUCCUCCUCAGAUUCUACCAAUUCUAAGGCAUAAAAAUCGAUCCCGGUCCCUCCCCCCACCAUCGCUCCCCAGUUCUCUCUAUCUCUCUCUCUCUCUCUCUCUCUCCCGAGUAUUAUCUCCAAAAUCAGACGACGACCCUCUCUCCAUCUCUCUCUGUUUUGGCCCCCUCCCCCCGUUUCCCUUCUCAUCCCUUCCCCUUACCGCUUGCCCCUCGGCGUUCGGCUUCCUCCCUCUGAUCGACGGCGAUUGGAAAUGCGGGAAGGCUGUUGAUGUUGAUUCUCGGCUUCUCUUUCCGGGGCUGUGGUGAUCUCAGGAUGGUUACGCGUGCUGCUGGAUAUUCAUUGUAUCUGAUGGACAACCUCUUUCGAUAUCUUGUGGUUGGAUUCUUGUGGGUUCCAUUCAUGACAGUACUUGUGAGGGGUCUAUGUGGUUUUGUGGAUUGACGGGUGGCUGCUUGCAUAAUUCCAUAUUUGCUUUGAUUUGUUUCAUGAGCAUGUUAGGGAGAUCUUUGCUCUAACUGUUGAUUUAGAUGCACAAGCUAGAAGGAAAACGGAAGGCAAAAAUUGUCGGGGAAGCUCUUCUAACAGUACUGUCGAUGGAGAGUCAUCAUCCGUCGACAUUGUUGUCAAUGGACUCUGGCUUUUUGUCUCAUGAUGAAUUGGAGAGAGAGAUAGAUGGCUCGAUCAUCCAUGCUGGACCACCCGAUAUCAAUCUCCCGUUGUCCUCAAGGCCUAGUCCACCUCUUCUGACUUGGAAUGACCACUGUGAUAUUUUAGAUGUUGGUUUGGGACCCCAACUUUACGAAACAGAAAUGACUGUUAACAUCCCAAAAGCGGGGCGUAAGAACAACAAGCGCCUUGAUAGCGUGUGGGGUGCUUGGUUUUUCUUUAGUUUCUACUUCAAGCCUGUUUUGAAUGAAAAAUCAAAGUCCAAAAUAGUUCAGGACCGUAAUGGUGUGUCUGGCUAUGAGAAAUCAGACUUGCAGCUUGAUGCUUUCUUGGUUCAGCACGACAUGGAAAACAUUUACAUGUGGGUUUUUAAGGAAAGGCCUGAAAAUGCUCUCGGCAAGAUGCAGCUGAGAAGUUACAUGAACGGGCAUAGUCGGCAAGGGGAGCGUCCAUUUCCCUUUAGUGUGGAUAGGGGUUUUGUGCGUUCUCACAGGAUGCAGAGGAAGCACUACCGCGGCCUCUCCAAUCCCCAGUGUGUUCAUGGGAUUGAGAUUGUACGGACACCCAAUCUUGCAGUUCUUGAUGAGCAAGAGCGGAAGAGGUGGAUGGAAUUGACUGGACGAGAUAUAAACUUUUGCAUCCCUAAUGAAGCCAGUGACUUCAGUUCCUGGAGAAAUAUUUCAAGCGCUGAGUUUGAGCUUGAGCGGCCGCUGCCUCCAUCAAAGAGCAACACAAAUCACCAACCUAGGAAGUUGCUCAAUGGCUGUGGCUUAAAUCUGUCUACCCCGCCAUCGGACCAUAGCAUUGGUGAUGUAGUGGAUCUGUCACCCGUCCGCAACAAAAGGAAGAAAGACCUUUUUCCAAAUGGAACUAGCGAGGAAUUAAAUUUAUCAAAUGGUUCUCAUUCUGACCGAGGUUUGGAUCUGAAAAUUCACUCGGUUGAGCCACCAUGGUUUAAUCAGUUUACUGGGGUCAUGAAGAAUGUUUGUGGCCCUGCUACAGCAGCAAAAACAAUAUAUGAAGAUGAUGAAGGGUUUCUGAUCAUCGUCAGCUUGCCUUUUGUAGAUCUUCAGAAGGUAAAAGUUACAUGGAAGAACACUAACUCGCAUGGGAUCGUGAAGAUAUCCUGUGUUAGUACAGCUUGUGUACCAUUUAUUACGAGAAACAACAGGACCUUUAAGCUAACGGAUCAAACACCCGAGCACUGCCCUCCAGGGGAUUUCAUUAGAGAGAUUUCCCUACCGGCCCUCAUUCCAGAAGAUGCUAAGUUGGAAGCAUAUUGCGACGAGACGGGAACGGUGCUUGAGAUCAUUGUGCCCAAGCAUCAUGCAGGACCCGAAGAGCAUGAGGUUCGUGUAUGCUUCAACCCAUCUUCUUGGAGUGACUGAGCAUCGGUCUGCCAAGAGGAGGUAUUUAAGUAUGUGUGGGGUUUGGUAUUGUUGUGGUUAGUGCUUCGUCGUUAACCUAGUUAAUUCCAUAGAAGACGUUUGGAUUGAAAUUUGUACUCUCUGGAUAAUUUGCAUGUCUUUGUAGUACUUUGAUUAUUACCAUAGAUUCUCAAUUCCCAUCGCCUUUAUCCAUUCUUUUAUGUGAAUAAGGUGAUGGGGCAAAUAUAUUUCCCCCCUUGUGAGAAGGAGAGGUCCUGUUCUGUCA